AUGACCCCGAGGAGUGGGGCCAUGUGGCUGCCUUCAGCUCUGCUCCUUCUCCAGGUCCCAGGUUGUUUGUCUCUGAGCUGCCCCAGGCGCGUGACGGGCACCGUGGGGGGAUCGCUGAGCGUGCAGUGUCGGUAUGAGAAGAAGUACACAGACCAUAACAAAUACUGGUGCAAAGGCCCAUGGUUGCCAUCGCUGACGAAGAAGACUGUGGAGACCACAGAGUCAGAGAGAGAAGUGAGGAGCGGCCGUGUGUCCAUCAGGGACCAUCCAGCAACCCUCACCUUCACAGUGACCUUGGAGAGCCUCACAGAGGGCGAUGAAGGCACAUACUGGUGUGGGAUGGAUAGACCAUGGACAGAAGAACCUUUUGUCCCCACAUUCCCAGUUGUGGUGUCCGUGUCCUCAGAUCGUCACAAGCACCCUUGGGCCCUCCAAGCACCUUUGGGAUCUACAAGCACCCUGGGCCCUCCAAGCACGCUGGGCCCUCCCUCCUCCCUGCCAGUGACCACCGGGCCCAGCAUGACCAGCCAGGAGACGCCUGUUGCCAACCAACACCCUCGGUCCCUGCUCAGCAGUGUCCACUUCCUGCUCCUCAUAUUCCUGAAAGUGCCCCUGUUCCUGAGCAUGCUCAGUGCUGUCCUCUGGGUGAACAGGCCUCAGCGGGCAACUUGUGAGGAAACACAGUUUGGCUAAGACAACCUGCCACUGUCCCCGCCCAUCCAUGUCCUGUCCAGAGACACAGCAACUCGGGCUACAGAAGACAGAACCUCCACCCUGAACCUUACAUCCCUUUUCAACUUAUCGCCAGAGACUUAAAAAAACAUUUUAAUGAACAUAUCAUCUACACAAACGUGUGUAUAUGAACAGUUGAAGACCUAAAAAUAAACAUCUGUGUACCCGCCAUUCAGCCUAAGAAAUCAAAUAUCAUGGAAACAUUUAACGCCUCCACCU